AUGGAGAUGAACAGGUUCAAGUGUCUUUCCUUGUUGACACUUUUGUUCAUCUGUCGUGCAUAUGUUGACGCAGAUGAGACAAACCGCCAUCACAAGACGUACAUCAUUCACAUGGACAAGUCCAGUAUGCCUACAAGUUUUGACGAUCACCUGCAGUGGCUGACAUCUGAGGAAGCCAGGUUGCUAGAAGAGCAACAGGGGAUUCUAUCAGUCCAAGAAGAAGUGCAAUAUGAACUUCAUACGACUAGAUCACCUGAGUUCCUUGGACUUCUCAACGAUGCAGCUGUACCUCAGUCUAACACGAUGAGCGAUGUUAUCAUUGGGGUGUUAGAUACUGGUGUUUGGCCUGAAUUGAGCAGUUUUGAUGACAAGGAACUUGGGCCAGUCCCAAGUGGCUGGAAGGGCGAGUGUGAAGUAGGCAAGACCUUUUAUAAAUCAAGCUGUAAUCGCAAACUCAUUGGGGCGAGGUCUUUCUCACAAGCGUAUGAAGCAGCAUAUGGACCAAUUGAUGAGACAGCGGAAUCGAAAUCCCCAAGGGAUGAUGAUGGCCAUGGAACACACACAGCAACCACAGCAGCUGGAUCAACUGUUGUUGGAGCAAGCCUAUUUGGUUAUGCUGCAGGUACAGCGCGUGGAAUGGCGAGACAUGCCAGAUUAGCAGCAUAUAAAGUGUGCUGGCUUGGUGGAUGUUUCAGCAGUGAUAUACUAGCGGCUAUGGAGAAGGCAAUAGAAGAUGGUGUGAACAUACUAUCAUUGUCCCUAGGUGGCUCAGUAACUGAUUACUUCAGAGACAUUAUUGCAAUUGCAGCAUUUGCAGCAACAUCUCAAGGAAUCUUUGUUUCGUGUUCGGCUGGAAAUGGAGGACCCAUCUCUGCAAGCUUGUCAAAUGUUGCGCCAUGGAUAACCACUGUUGGUGCUGGAACUAUGGACCGUCAAUUUCCAGCAUACAUUAGCCUUGGAAAUGGGAAAAAAUACCCUGGAUCAUCACUCUAUAGUGGAAAACCAUUACCCAGUUCCUUUAUGCCACUGGUGUUCGCUGGUAAUGUCAGCAGAACAUCAAACAGUAAUCUGUGCUUACCCGGAAGUCUGAUUCCAGUAAAAGUCAAGGGGAAAAUUGUGAUCUGUGAUCGAGGACUGAAUGCAAGGGCACAGAAGGGUUUGGUAGUAAAAGAUGCCGGUGGCAUUGGGAUGAUUCUAGCAAACACUGAAUCCUAUGGAGAAGAGCUGGUUGCUGAUGCACAUCUCAUACCCACAGCAGCUGUUGGUCAGACAACGGGUGACAUCAUAAAAAAGUACAUAUUUACUGAACCUCAUCCAACAGCCACGGUUGUAACAGGAAGCACCCAGCUGGGUGUCCAACCAUCACCUGUCAUAGCAUCAUUCAGUUCCCGAGGCCCAAACCCAAUCACACCAGAUGUACUUAAGCCUGAUCUGAUAGCACCGGGUGUUAACAUCCUAGCAGGAUGGACGGGAAAAGUAGGACCAACAGGAUUGCAAGAAGACUCUCGGCAUGUGGGCUUCAACAUAGUUUCUGGUACUUCUAUGUCAUGCCCGCAUACAAGUGGAUUAGCAGCAUUAAUCAAGGCUGCCCAUCCAGAAUGGAGUCCUGCAGCAAUAAGAUCGGCACUGAUGACCACAGCUUAUAGUUCAUAUAAGAACGGACAAGGCAUUCAAGAUAUUGCAACCGGAUUGCCAUCAACACCAUUUGAUUAUGGCGCCGGACAUGUCGACCCCAUAUCAGCCCUUGACCCAGGUCUUGUCUAUGAUGCCAACAUGGACAAUUAUAUAGACUUUCUUUGUGCCAUAAACUACAGUUCCAGUAUGAUCAAAACAAUCACAAAACAGGAUUAUCCCUGCAAGGAUGGCAAAGAUUAUGGAGUGGGAUAUCUUAACUACCCAUCCUUUUCUGUUCCUUUCCAGACGGCAUCAGGCCCAGGUGGUGGAAGCAGUGCACCAACGGUGGUCAAAUACACAAGGACCCUAACAAACGUGGGUAACCCAGCAACUUAUAAAGUUUCAGUCUCUCAGAAGACAAAAGCAGUGAAGAUUCUGGUUGAGCCGGAAGUGCUCACUUUCAUCAAACCAUAUGAGAAGAAAAGUUUCACAGUGACAUUCACCGCAAAUUCCAUGCCAUCAGGCACAGCCAGCUUCGAUUAUUUGAAAUGGAUGGAUGGGAAGCACAUUGUUGGCAGCCCAAUUGCUUUUAGUUGGUCGUGA